GAAUUCAGGAAUCCUACGAUCACAUUAAUAAAGUGAUUAGUCGUACACGAGUUUCCUCAUACCUCCUCCCAUCAUUCCCAUUCCUCGACACCAGCCACAAAUUAACACACACACACACACACUCAACACACAGUAGUGUGUUUAAUAUAUAUAUAUACACAUAUUUUUCAAGCUUCUUGGUCAAUAAUGGAAGGAAUCGAUCCAACCCGAUGUUUCCUUAAAGAUGUUAGACGUAUUGUUAUAAAGGUUGGGACGGCUGUUGUUACUCGAGAUGAUGGAAGGCUUGCACUGGGAAGAUUAGGAGCACUUUGUGAGCAGAUUCAAGCACUAAAUUCUCAAGGAUUUGAGGUUAUCUUGGUGUCGUCUGGUGCUGUUGGAGUUGGUCGCCAACGACUUAGAUACAGAAAGCUAAUUAACAGCAGUUUUGCGGAUCUCCAGAAACCGCAAGCUGAACUUGAUGGCAAGGCAUGCGCAGCUGUUGGACAAAAUGGUCUUAUGGCACUUUAUGAUACAUUGUUUAGCCAGCUGGAUGUAACAUCAGCUCAGCUUCUCGUCACUGAUAAUGACUUCAGGAGUCCAGAAUUUAGGAAACAACUUACUGAAACAGUUGAUUCGUUGCUAGAUUUGAAAGUCAUUCCGAUAUUUAAUGAGAAUGAUUCCAUUAGCACCCGCAGAGCUCCAUAUGAGGAUUCUUCUGGAAUAUUCUGGGAUAAUGACAGUUUAGCAGCCCUACUGGCUUUGGAGUUAAAAGCCGACCUUCUUGUUCUGUUAAGUGAUGUAGACGGUCUCUAUAGUGGCCCUCCCAGUGAUCCUCAGUCGAAACUAAUCUAUACAUACAUCAAGGAAAAACUGGAAAAUACAAUUACAUUUGGUGACAAGUCUAGGCUUGGAAGAGGUGGUAUGACUGCUAAAGUAAAAGCUGCUGUUUAUGCUUCUGAUGCUGGAAUCCCGGUUGUUAUCACCAGUGGCUUUGCUGGCGACAAUAUCGUACGAGUUCUUAGAGGACAGCGUAUUGGUACGUUAUUCCAUAGAGAGGCUCAUACAUGGGUUCCAAGUCAAGAGCUAAAUGCUCGUGAAAUGGCAGUUGCAGCAAGAGAAAGUUCCAGGCUUCUUCAGGCCAUGCCUGCAGAAGAGAGGAGUAAAAUUUUGCUAGCUAUAGCUGAUGCACUGGAGGCAAAUGAGAAAAGUAUUGCUCAUGAAAAUGAUGCUGAUGUAGCUGCUGCACAAGAAGAAGGAUAUGAAUCAUCAUUAAUCUCUCGGUUGGCUCUCAAACCCGGAAAGGUCUCAAGUCUUGCAAAAGCAAUACGUAUACUGGCAAAGAUGGAAGAGCCAAUCGGCCAAGUACUAAAGAGAACAGAGCUUUCAGACGGAUUCAUCUUAGAGAAGAUGUCGUCUCCCUUGGGUGUCCUUCUUGUUAUCUUUGAGUCUCGGCCUGAGGCACUAGUUCAGAUAGCAUCGUUAGCCAUCAGAACUGGGAAUGGGCUCUUACUAAAAGGGGGAAAGGAAGCAAAACGUUCUAAUGCAAUCUUGCACAAGAUUAUUACUUCAUGCAUUCCAGCAACAGUUGGUAAAGGGUUAAUUGGGCUCGUGACUUCUAGAGAAGAGAUUCCUGAAUUACUCAAGCUUGAUGAUGUUAUCGAUCUUGUGAUUCCAAGAGGAAGCAAUGAACUAGUUUAUCAAAUAAAGUCUGCAACGCAAAUUCCUGUUCUUGGACAUGCCGAUGGGAUUUGCCAUGUCUAUGUUGACAAAUCUGCUGACAUGGAAAAAGCAAAAAACAUAGUUUUGGAUGCAAAAACAGAUUACCCGGCUGCUUGUAAUGCUAUGGAAACACUUCUUGUUCAUGUGGAGUUGAUGGAGAAUGGUGGAGUUAAUGAGCUUCUCAUUGAACUUCAAACUAAAGGUGUCAGCAUAAAUGGGGGUCCAAGGGCAUGCACAUUGCUUAACCUUCCACCAGCGCCAUCAUUUCAUCAUGAAUACAGUUCAUUGACUUGCACUAUUGAAAUUGUGGAUGAUGUUCAAGCUGCCAUUGAUCAUAUACACAAGCAUGGAAGUGCGCAUACUGAUUGCAUUGUAACAGAAGACCCGGAAGCUGCAAACAUAUUUCUACGUCAAGUUGACAGUGCUGCUGUAUUUCAUAAUGCGAGCACAAGAUUUAGUGAUGGAUUUCGUUUUGGACUUGGUGCAGAGGUUGGUAUAAGUACAAGCAGAAUUCAUGCUCGCGGGCCUGUAGGUGUCGAAGGAUUAUUAACAACACGAUGGAUUGCAAGAGGAAAUGGCCACGUGGUGGACAAUGAUAAAGGUGUCGUGUAUACUCACAAAGACCUGACUUUGCAAGCUUAAGAUACUGGCUCGAGUAUCAUCAACUUGAAGGUGCUCUAGAUGAUGAGCCAUAACCUUACCAAAGUCAACCAAAGUCAAAGGAAGCUAGCUAGCAACAUUACUCGUAUCUUUGUCUGCCUAUAUGUUGUACAAUUACAUAUAUAACACCAGCUUUAUAUGUGUUUGUGACGUAAGCAAACCAGGCUGUGGACAAAUACUAUUCUAUCUAAUAAGUAUUUCAAAUUGUUUAGCUAAAUGAGAGUGUGGGAGAAUUAGAAGUGGCUGUUAAUUGUUUCAUGUAAUCAAAUAAUACUACUAGAUGCAUUGCAUUAUCCUAGUUUAAGUUUAUUAGGAAGAAGUUUAGACUUUUGAUAUCUAAAUGUACUGCUUAUAACUA